AUGGCAACUUAUUAUAGGACACAAGCCCUAUGGGCCUUUGCAAUUUGUCUCAUGGCUGUCACUUUGGCAGCCGCAGACUAUCCAUCUCCGCCACCUCCUCUUUACUCCCCUCCGUCGUAUAUUUAUAAAUCUCCUCCACCGCCGCCUUACGUUUACUCAUCACCCCCACCCCCACCUUAUGUCUACUCCUCACCGCCACCACCACCGUAUGUUUACUCAUCUCCACCACCACCGCCUUAUGUUUACAAGUCUCCUCCACCACCUCCUUAUGUUUACUCUUCCCCUCCACCACCUCUUUAUGUUUACAAGUCCCCUCCUCCACCUCCUUAUGUUUACUCUUCCCCUCCACCACCGCCUUAUGUUUACAAGUCCCCUCCACCACCUCCUUAUGUUUACUCUUCCCCUCCACCACCUCCUUAUGUUUACAAGUCCCCUCCUCCACCUCCUUAUGUUUACUCUUCCCCUCCACCACCGCCUUAUGUUUACAAGUCCCCUCCACCACCUCCUUAUGUUUACUCUUCCCCUCCACCACCUCCUUAUGUUUACAAGUCCCCUCCUCCACCUCCUUAUGUUUACUCUUCCCCUCCACCACCGCCUUAUGUCUAUUCAUCUCCUCCACCACCACCUUACGUUUAUUCUUCCCCUCCACCUCCGCCUUACGUUUACAAGUCUCCUCCUCCAACAUAUUAUUAA